AUCCCCAUAACGUCGUCGUUUCUCUCUCUCUCUCUCUCUCUGGCAAGAGUAUAAUGUCUAGCCGAAGAUCCUCGCGUUCCAGAAACACCUCAGGGGCUCAAAUCUCUGACGACCAAAUCAGUGAUCUUGUUUCCAAGUUGCAGCGCCUCAUCCCUGAGAUUCGCAAUACUCGUUCCCAUAAGGUAUCGGCUUCAAAAGUGCUGCAAGAAACAUGCAACUACAUAAGGAACUUACAUAGGGAAGUGGAUGAUUUAAGUGAGCGAUUGUCACAGCUUUUAGCAGCAACAGAAAACGACAGCGCUGAGGCAGCGAUUAUUAGGAGUUUAUUCAUGUAAAACUCUUAUUAGUUUAUGAAUGUCCCUACCACAUUACGACGUCGUUUCCAUUUUAUUUU